UUCAAGCGUUUGCCUGAUAAAACAUGGUGGCGGGAACAAGGAAUCAAAAUAAAUAAGAAGUCAAAAGAAAUCUUAGCGAAUGCAAUGAUGGAAAAUACACAAAUUUGAAAGGAGAAAAUGUUUGAUUGAAGUUAUAGUGACAUCAAAAUGAGUGAAUUCAAAAUCCAUCACCAUGUCAGCGAGCUGAUAAAUUUACUGGGAAACCGAUCAGCUGAUGCUGGAGCAGAGGUUUAUACAGAUAUACUGCUGAAGAACACCACACCCUACAUCACCACACAGGUGUCGGCCCAUCAAGCCAAGAGAAAGAUUGCAGAGUCUACUAAAACUCCUAUCGAAUUUCUUGCCAAAUACGAUGAACUCAAGUCUAAAAAUAACAGAGAGCUCGACCCAUUUGUCUUCCUUCUGUCCAAGCUGUGUGAGGAGGAGGAGACAAAGGAGUACCUGGCAAGAAAUGCCAAAGAAAAAGCGGAUAAGUCUGGUGUGGCGUUGACCUCUCAUAGCAAGGUCAUUUCACAGCUUCCAGCCCCAGGAACCAAAAUCAGUAUGCAAGAUUUUACAGAGCUGAAAGACACGUUGUUUAAAGAGUCCAAAACGAUGGCUGCUACCACUUCCUCUGAACUCUUACGGAAAGCUCUUCAGGAGAAGCCAUCCAAAAGAAAUGUCAACAUUCCCCCGCAGCCGGACUGGUUGUUUAAGAGACCCUCCCUCACCUUGGACUUUAUUGUUGGUGUGGAUGAGCCAUCAGAUCAGAACAUCGUGCCUUUAGGAACUAUGGGUGUACCAGCUCAGGAACAUUCUAUUCUGGAUGACAUGCUGAACUGUAUGCAGGGCAUUGAGGGUAAAUACAUCCUGGCCCGCGCACUGACAGAGAGAUACGCUCCGAAGGAGUUUAUGUUGGACCAAAGUCUGGAUCCCUCCCUCCAAGACCUCGUAAGAAGGAUUCUGCCCCUGUGUUGUAACUAUUCCACGGUGGUCAGGUUUAUUGAGGAGAAGUCGGCCUUUGAGUACGGUCUUGUUAACCAGGCCUUGAGUGCGUCAAUGAGAACACUGAUCAAAGAUUAUAUGGUUCUUGUGGCACAAUUGGAGCACCAGUACAGAUUGGGAAACCUGAGUCUACAGAAGCUGUGGUUCUACAUUCAGCCCACCAUGAAGACGCUGGACAUCCUAGCGUCCGUGGCCAAUUCCGUCAACAAGGGAGAGUGUAUAGGAGGGGCGGUCCUGAGUCUGCUGCACGACAAAACAAGCGGACUAGUGGGAGACUCCAAAGGACAAGACUUGUGUCUCUACCUCACCCAGUCAGCCUGUGUUCCUUACUUUGAGAUCUUGGAGAAGUGGAUUUACAAAGGAAUCAUCUCUGACCCGUACUCGGAGUUUUUGGUGGAAGAGAAUGAAACGAUUAACAAAGAGAAGCUGCAGGAGGAAUACAAUGAUGCAUACUGGGAAGGCCAUUACACGAUCUGUCGGGAGCGGAUCCCAGUGUUUCUGGAGCAGGUGGCCAACAAAAUCCUCAACACCGGAAAAUACCUCAAUGUUGUCCGGCUGUGUGGUCGCGACGUGCAGUGUCCAUUUGCGGAGGAGAUUGUGUACACAGUGAAAGAGAGGAAGUACUAUGAACAGAUAGAGAAGGCGUACGAGUACUCCAGUAAACUACUGUUAGAACUACUGGUGGAGGAGAAGGAAUUAAUGGCCAGAAUCAGGUCCAUUAAGCAUUACUUCCUGUUGGACAAGGGAGAUUUCAUCGUCCAGUUUAUGGAUAUGACGGAGGACGAGAUGAAACAGGACAUGGAGAAUAUCACACCCACGCGUCUUGAGACGCUACUGGAACUCGCCCUGAGAACCAGUACAGCGAACAUAGACCAGUUCAAGGACGAUCUCAGAGUGGAUUUACUUCCCUUUGAUUUGAUCACACAGCUGUUUAAAAUCCUCUCCAUAGAGACAAAGAAGGAGAAAGAGUACAAGGUGGACCCUACUGACCUUCACCUCUCCGGACUCGAAUCCUUCUCCUUUGACUACAUGGUCAAGUGGCCAGUGUCACUGGUGCUGAACAGAAAGGCCUUGAUCAGGUACCAGAUGUUGUUCAGACAUCUGUUUUACUGUAAGCAUGUAGAGAGGCAGCUCUGCAGUGUAUGGAUCGGUAACAAAGCAGCCAAGAUGUACUCCCUGCAGUCCUCUAAGUGGUACUUAGCGGCCUUCGCACUGCGCCAGAGGAUGCUGAACUUUGUCCAGAACUUCGAGUACUACAUGAUGUUUGAGGUGGUGGAGCAGAACUGGCUCGUGUUCCAGCACAACAUGGAAAAUGUAUCCAACAUUGACGAUGUGCUGGCGUACCACUCGGAUUUCCUAAACACCUGUAUGAAUGACUGCAUGCUGACAGACCCUGACCUGCUGAGGAUAGUCCACAAACUGAUGGUCGUCUGUGUUACCUUCUCAAACUUCAUACAGAGAUUAAGUCUGAGUACGGCAGUGGAACCAGAGAGUAAACCGACUCGUGAGAGUUCUCUACAGGCCACCAGCAAAGAACACAGGGAACAAGCCAUUAAAGAAAAACUCAAAUCGAAGAUGUCUCUCUCACGCCACAUGGAUGUUGUGGCAGAACAUGUUGACCUGAUGAUGGGAAGUGAGAACUUUGAGAGGACGAUAGCUAACUUUGAUAAUAACUUCUCCGGGAAAUUGAUCGAGCUGCUGAAGAAAAUCAUGGACCUGAGCUCGGAAAGUGGACAGUUCAAACUGCUGAACAUUCUGUACAGGCUGGAUUUCAAUGGUUUUUACAAAGAAAAACUGGAGGCUAUGUCAGCAGAGAGGGCCAUGAUGGAGUCCUCGAUACACAGCUCUGAUUCAGGUUCUUCCAGUUCAUGGCCGACCUCGUCGUUCACAUCACAGCGACCGGAUACUGCUCAGUAUGUCCCCAGCAUCCACAAACAGAGGCCAUCCUCAAACUCCUCCAGCUAGCCAUUAUCCACACACAGAGGCCAUCUUCUAACUCCACACACAGAAGCCAUCCUCUAACUCUACACACAGAAGCCAUCCUCUAACUCUACACACACAGAGGCCAUCCUCUAACUCUACACACACAGAAGCCAUCUUCUAACUCUACACACACAGAGGCCAUCCUCUAACUCUACACACACAGAAGCCAUCUUCUAACUCCACACACAGAAGCCAUUCUCUAACUCCUCACACAGAAGCCAUCUUCUAACUCCACACACAGAAGCCAUCCUCUAACUCCUCCAGUUAGCCUUGUGACAUUAACUUCCUGUGAAAUUGAUACCCUUACAAAGAUAAUCUUCCAGCUGUCUACAAGACUUUCAGGUCUCUUUCAAGAGGGACGCAAAUGAAAUACUUCCACGGAAUAUCUAUAAAAAGAAAAGUCCAGCAGGAUGAUCCUGAAUCUGCCGUAUGUUCAUUGUGCAGGAACAAACUCAUAAACAUGUUUCAUUUUUGUUAGUUGAUUGUGAAGUUUUUAAUAAUUACAUGGAGCUUAUUCCAGUGUGUGAGGUGACACUUUAAAGUGAAUAAAAUACACUUGGAUUUGUGAUCUAG